AUGCCUAUUGUUCCAGAUCCCAAGACAUUCGCCCCAGGAAACAACAACGAGUCCUCGAGCUCUCAGGACCAGGGCAAGAAAGCUACUGCGCAGGAUCAUAUCUCAAAGGGGCCCCAGAUCCCCGACAGUAUGCCGCCUAAAACGUCUCGAGAGGAAAUCGAGGCGCGCAUGAAGGAGCUGAACAAAUGA